AUGGAUACUCGCAACCGUUCAAGCCAACCCGCACAACCGCCGAAACAAGCGGCGUACGCGCAAUCUUCAAACCCAGUGUCGCAUACACUAGGGGAGCAACGGGAGUCAACUGCCCCGAUAAGACACCACGGUGAUCCUCCGAUGAUUAAGCGCACGGCUCAUUCGAAACCCUCGAGCGAUGAAGCUCGUGCUCGCCUUGAUGAGCGGCACCGGUUGGAACAGAAACAAAUGCAAAAUGCUCUAGAUGUCGACUUGGAGUAUGGAGUGGAGCAACAACCAUCAGAGGGAUAUAUUGCAGAUUCGGUUAAACGGAAGGGAAUGGGCCUCUAUGGUGCACAGGCUGGUGCACAUGCCGGGUCUGUUGGGAGCUCUCAUGGACCUGGUCAUCCUGGAUUUGGGGAAGAGCGGGAUCUUGCGGCCGACAUGGAUCGGAAAAUGGUAGAGCACGAGCGAUUUUUGGGCGAUGAAAUUGGGCGCAGUCCCCCAGAGCCAGAGUAUGAUGUUGCUGAGAGAGAAGCUGUUCGACAAAACAAGCUGCAACGGGAUAAGGAGUUGGAUGUGGAGGAGGCAGUUAAGGAUGCAACGGGUAACUCGGUUGUCUCCCAUAAGUGA